AUGACCGUCCCCAUCGCCAAGUCCUUCUACGACCUGAGCGCCACCUCCUUGCAGGGGGAGAAGGUGGAUUUCAACGUUUUCCGGGGCCGCGUGGUCCUCAUCGAGAACGUGGCGUCUCUCUGAGGCACCACGGUGCGGGAUUACACCCAGCUCAACCAGCUGCAAGCCCGCUACCCCCGGCGGCUGGUCGUGCUGGGCUUCCCCUGCAACCAAUUCGGCUACCAGGAGAACGGCACCAACGAGGAGAUCCUCAACAGCCUGAAGCACGUGCGGCCGGGGGGCGGCUUCGAGCCCAACUUCACCCUCUUCCAGAAGUGCCAGGUGAACGGGCAGGACACCCACCCCGUCUUCGCCUACCUGAAGGCUCACCUGCCCGCGCCGGCCGACGAGGCGACACACCUGAUGACCGAGCCCCGUUUCAUCACCUGGAGCCCGGUACGGCGCUCCGAUAUCUCCUGGAACUUCGAGAAGUUCCUGGUGGGUCCUGAAGGAGAACCUUUCCGGCGUUACAGCGCCCGUAUGCCCACCGCCCAGCUGGAGCCCGACAUCCAGCGCCUCCUCAAGCUGGCCAAGUAG